GGUGAAUCCUUUUCUAAACCCUUUCAGUCGAAGUUGGAUGCAGGAUAUAGUGAUUCUAAUCGAUCAGGAGACUCAUGAUGUUGCCACGGUUAGUUUUUCUUCUCUUCAUUUUACCUCGGUAUAUCUCUGCUCUUUUCUUCGGCAGAUUUUUCUCAUUGUUUGGACCAGAUCCUAGACUCCAGGCGAGCUGUACGGGUCAGUGUAUGUUUGACCUCUCCUGCCGACUAAAAUAUGGACAGAAAGCUGGAGAAUGUGGAGGAUUUUAUCAGGUUUGUUGUACCUUUGAUGGGUUCGGUAGAGCUCUAGGUGGGAGUAACAUCAGGCAGGAUCGCCAGCUCAAUCUACAGGAUUUUGGACCUGUUGAGAAUGAACGAGGUUGCGGCAGAUCCGGAGUUUCCUCUAGGUCCAGAAGAGUUGUCGGAGGAACUGAGGCAGGGUUCGGAUCCUUCCCUUGGAUUGCUCUCAUUAGAGGAGGAAACUCCAGAUGUGGAGGGGCCCUGAUACGACCAUCUUGGGUUAUCACAGCCGGACAUUGUGUUAAGACAGCUCAGUGGCCCUCAAGAUACAGGGUUUAUCUAGGGGAGUACAAUCUUUACCAGAACAGCGAGCCUAUGCCGAGACAGAAGUUCUAUGUCAGUGAAAUAGUUCUGCACCCUAACUACCAGUUCACACCCCAGGCUGACCGCUACGACGUGGCAUUAUUAAAACUUGACCGGCCCGCUACUCUUAUGCCGCAUAUAUCUCCGAUCUGUUUACCUGAUCCUGUAGAACUAGAGACUGGAGAGAGAACUAUAGUUGCAGGUUGGGGAGCUACCCAACCUGAUCAGGGUUCUAGACCUAAGGUUCUCCAGGCUGUGGAUGUAUAUACGUUAAAUAAUACAGAUUGUGAAUCCUGGCAUCUAGCGGCAGGAAUCAGAGUAAACAUCUACCCUGAGAUGAUGUGUGCUGGACACCAGGAGGGUGGAAAGGAUGCAUGUCAGGGAGAUAGUGGUGGUCCUCUUAUGCUCAAGGAUGAGACGGGAAAAUGGAAUCUUGUUGGUGUAGUGUCUGCUGGAUACAGCUGCGCUAAACCCGGUCAACCCGGGAUUUAUCACAGAAUUUCGGAGUCCUCUUCCUGGGUUAGUUAUGUCACCAAGAACGAAGUAUGAUUUUCCGUUAAACCUUUUCUCCCUCUCCAUCCUAUUCUUCUCUCACUCAUCUCCAACUUUUUCUACUCCCACUCCUCUCCAUCCUGUUUUCCUUUGUGUUCUCUUCAUCUUUUUUUCUGAUAAUCUCCAUUCUAUUUUUAUCCUAUUCUAAUUUUUCUUCCUCCAAUUUUAUUAUUCUUCAUUUCAUCUCCCAAGUUUUCCGUAUCCUGUUUUCUAUUUAAGUCCAUCCUAUAAUUGUGGUCUUUUAGACUGAGGCAUCCAACCCCUAAUCUAUUAGACUGAGGAAUCCAAACCCUAAUCUAUUAGACUGAGGUAUCCAAACCCAAAUCUAUUAGACUGAGGAAUCCAAACUCUAAUCUAUUAGAUUGAGGAAUCCAAACCCUAAUCUAUUAGCUGAGGAAUCCAAACCCUAAUCUAUUAGACUGAGGAAUUCAACCCUGGAUCUAUUAGACUGAGGAAUCCAAACCCUAAUCUAUUACCUGAGGAAUCCAAACCCUAAUCUAUUACCUGAGGAAUCCAAACCCUAAUCUAUUACCCGAGGAAUCCAACCCCUAAUCUAUUAGCUGAGGAAUCCGAACCCUAAUCUAUUAUACUGAGGAAUCCAAACCCUAAUCUAUUAAACUGAGGUAUCCAAACCCGGAUCUAUUAGACUGAGGAAUCCAAACCCGGAUCUAUUAUACUGAGGAAUCCAAACCCUAAUCUAUUAGAUUGAGAAAUCCAAACUUCUAUUGUAACCCGAUCUCACGUUAUCCCAGAUGUUCUCUUUUAAUCGACUAAAUAAUAACUAUGUUAUUAAUGGUAUUAUUUUAUUGUUAUGUAAUCGUAUAUGAACAAAAAUAAAUUUAACAUUUGUAACUUCAA